AUGGUUGAUUUAGUUAAAAAAGUUGAACAACAACAGCGUUGUGAAACCGAUAUCAACGAAAAAAAUGUCGAACAUCCCGAAUCCCCUGUUCAUUAUAAAGACUACACCGAAGAAGAAUGGAGACUUUUGAACAAUAUUUAUGAUGAUGUGUUUCCUACUUCACAACUAGAAGAAGACAAGUCUAAUGAAAGUCUGGCAAAUGAUUCCCAUAAUGUUAUACUUGGCAGUGAAGAAGGUACACCAAUGCCAUCACCUGUCUCUGGACAAGACCUUACUUUCGGUAUACCCCUGUCUGAAGACCCCGUAGACGCCCCUAAUGAAGAAAGAUUACUGAUGCAGUUGCUUCCUUCUGGACUAGACCUUCCUAUUGACACAACACCAAACGUAACUGAUGACCCUGUAAAUAUACCAAGUUUAAGUUCACUAAUUUCAAUAUCCGACAGUGAAUUCAGUAAUUCUCCUAAUCCAUCUUCUUCACGCAAGCGCAAGCCGACGUACAAAACUGAUCUUGGUCGUAAACGAAAACGGCACAUCAAAGAUUGGGUCGAUGUUCGUAGAAAAACAUUGACAAACUGCGGGCUACAAUAUGUUUCCAAGAAAGGUAAAAUUGUGCCCGCUAAAUCCAUGAAACCACCAUGUCCUCUAACCUGUAAGUUGAAAUGCACUAAGGAUUUUACAGAUUCUAUGCGAAAAAAUAUUUUUGAUCAGUUUUGGCAGCUUUCCGACCACACUAAGCAGUGGGAGUUUAUAAAUAAAUUUACUAAAAGAUUUGAUAAAAAAAGGAUGACAACUGAAAAUCCGUCUAGACGAAAAUUUACCACAAAAUAUUAUUUACCUUUGCCUACGGAUGAUUCCACCUUCGAGACUCAGCAAGUUUGUUUAAAGAUGUUCUGUGGCACUCUCGCUAUCACCGAUCAAAUAAUCCGAACAGCACAUAGCAAAUUAGACUCUUGUGGAAUUACUAGCAGUGACAAUAGAGGAAAACAUUUAAAUCACCCGAAAAAGAUAGAUGAUGAAAUGAUACGCAGUGUUUGUGAUCACGUCAAAUCUUUCCAACCCGUUGAAUCCCAUUACACUAGGAAAAAUACAAGUAAAUUAUAUUUGGAUAACUCUUUAAGUUUUAAUAAGAUGUUUUCAAUGUACAAAGAUUGGCCAGAACUAUCGAAAUAUAAUAAUACAGCUGAGACCGAAAGGCAAUACCGAACCAUUGUAAACGACCAUAUGAAUAUUGCAUUCUUUAUUCCGAAAAAAGAUUUGUGUGACAAGUGCCACGCAUUUUCUAAUGAGGUGAGCCCUACUGAAGAACAAGUACUGGCUCAUAAUAAACAUAUUUUAAACAAGGAAACUGCAAGAAAAUAUAAAGCAAAAGAUAAAGAAGAUGCCAUUCAGAGUACAUCAAAAACAAUUUGUGCAACAUUCGAUUUUCAGAAAUUACUUAACUGCCCUUCUGGCGAAGUGUCUCUUUUUUAUUAUAAAAGAAAGUUAUCAUUGAUGCAUUUUACAGUUUUUGACACUGGUAUUAAGGAAGCUUCUUGUUAUUUAUGGCCACAAAAUGUUGGUAAACGAGGAGCAAACGAGGUAGGAAGUUGCUUGUUAGAUUUUAUAGAAAAAAAGGUGGCUCGUGGAGCAAUUGACAUACGGUUUUGGUCGGAUAAUUGUAAUGGUCAAAAUCGCAAUAGAGUGAUAUAUAGUCUCUACAUGUACGCCAGUAACAAAUAUAAUAUUAAUAUCACUCACAGAUUUCUUGAGUCUGGUCAUACUCAACAAGAAGCAGACAGUGUACAUGCUUUAAUAGAAAGAACUGCGAAGGGUAAAAUAAUAUAUACACCCGAUCAAUGGUAUGCUUUGGUUUGCUGGGCCAAAACAAAUAAUGAGCCAUAUAACGUCAUUGAAGUGUCUCAAGACAUGCUGUACGACUUGAAAGAACUAUUGCAAAACAGAAAUUUUAAGAAAAACACUUCGAAUCAUGACGUCAAAUGGAAUAAUAUCAAGGAAGUUUGUGUGAAGAGAUCUGAACCAGACAUUAUUUUAUACAAAUAUGAUUUGGAGGGUGAUUACUUUAAAUUAAAUACCUUAGUUCAGACACGUCGCAACAAAAAAACAGUUGUAGAUUACUGCAACGACGCACUGAAACCAUUAUAUUCCGAUACUUUACCAAUUCCGGAAGCUAAAUAUAAAGAUCUUAUACAACUUUGUGAAGCAGGACAUAUCCCUAGACAAUAUCAUGCCUUUUUUAAAAAUCUUAAAAAGGUUCAAAGUGAAAAUGUUUCGGGGAGUGAUGAAGAUGAUUAG